CCAGGUCCAGUCUGCAGCAGAACCUUCAGAACCUUCAUGAUGAGCCGUAGUCCAGAGAGGAUGUCUUCGUACCGCCGACACUUUGACGGAUCUCUGGCGUUUGUUUCUGGAUGUCAGGUCCGAGUGUCCAGCCCGUCUCCGACCCGCAGAGAGAACCGGCACCGGUCGGUCAGCUUCACCCGGGCCGGAGCCGGUACCGGUACCGGGCGUCGGACCUUCAGCUCCAAGUCCCGCAUGACCAGCGCCGUCAGUUUGGGAACUCUGUGCUUCGGGAUGUCGAUGGGACUCGGACCCAAACUGGACCUGGAGGCGGCCGCAGCAGAGAACCAGGCCUUUAUGUUGACCCGCAGCAAGGAGAGGCAGGAGAUGGUGGCGCUGAAUGACCGGCUGGCAGUUUAUAUCGAAAAGGUUCGAACUCUGGAGUCCCAGAACAAGCUGCUGGAGUCGGAGAUCGAGGCUGUGAAAAGUCGCCACGUCCGACCUUCAGGCCUCCGGCAGCUCUAUGAGGCUCAGCUGAAGGAGCUGAGGAGGGAGGCUGAGCAGAUGAAGAACCAGAGGGAUGUGACUGUAGCAGCGAAGGAGGCGAUGCUCGGCCAGCUGGAGCUGCUGAAGACCAAACAUGAAGAAGCUGUGGAGGCCAGGAGGAAGACGGAGGAGGACAUCGAGGCUCUACGUCCGGAGGUGGAUAAAGCCACGUCGGCCCGCAUCGCUCUGGAGAAGCAGCUGGAGAACCUGGAGGCUGAGGUGGUUUUCCUGCAGAGAGUUCACAAGGAGGAAAUCGAGGAUCUGAUGCAGCAGAUCUUCUCUUCAGUCUCUAAAGUGGAUCAAACCUUCGGCCUCCCAGAUCUCUCCUCUGCUCUCAGACAGAUCCAGACGCAGUACGACGGCAUCGCUGCCAAAAACCUGCAGGAGAUGGAUUCCUGGUACAGAUCAAAGUUCCAGAACCUGAACGACGCUUCAACCAAACAUGUUCAGAGCGUCCGAAGCCUCCGAGAGGAAAUCGCUGCUUAUAAGAAGGACAUCCUCAACAAGGAACGUGAACUUGACAGCUUGAAGACCAGGAACGAGUAUCUGGAGGCUCAGAUCCACGACGUUGUGCUGAAAAACAAGAAGGAGGAGGAGGACAUUCAGGAGCGAAUGGAGGCGAUAAAACUGGACCUGAAGGUGACCAAGGAGAAGAUCGCUCUGCUGCUGAGAGAAUACCAGGACCUGCUGAACGUUAAGAUGUCUCUGGAGAUCGAGAUCAUCACCUACAGGAAGCUGAUCGAAGGAGAAGACAGCCGUCUGAGCAGCCUGGUCCAUCAGCCUCCUCUGGCUGCAGGUCUGCGUCUGACCUCCAGCGUUACCACGACCUCAGCUCUGCUUUCAGCUUCAGACACCUCAGGUCCUUCAGAAGCUCCAAAGAUGGAUCCAGCUCCACGUGACCUCCCAAACUGUGUGGAGAAACCUCCUAAUCGAGUGUCGACGGCUUCAUCAGACACUCAGACUGACUUAGAGAUGCAGGCGACGGAGAAAACUGAGAGGAAGACGCUCCUCAUCAGAACAGUUAAGGCAGACGACGACACGUAUGAGAGCGACACCCAGGAACGAACCUUCACCAUUUCUGGAGCCGCCGCCGACACCGACGAAGAAUAAAACCUUCACCGUACAGCUCUGGAUUACUGCUGACUGUCUAACGAGGACAUUAAAUAUUAAGCUAAGCUAUGCUAAUGCAGCGCUAUCACUCACACUAGACGAGGUUUUUAUGCAUCAGCAGCACAGAUAUGGGAGAAAGAGCAAUUUACAUCACAUCUAGGUGGGCAAACUGCAUGGAAAACUAAAAAUAUGGAUGGAUAAUGUUCAAUAUGCCAACAGGAUCACAUAGGAAAUUAAGAAUUACUGAUAUUUUCCAGCAUUUUUUAUCUGAUUGCUGAACCAUCUUCACACAUCAUAUCUCUCCUGUGGUGAAAUUAACACUAAAACUGCAACGAUUAAUCAAUUAUUAAAUUAAUUGCCAACUAUUUAUAUAAUAAAUUAAUCAGUUUGAGGAUUUUUUUUAAAAAAAGAAAACAAGUCAAAAUCCUGUGAUUUCAGCUUCUUAAAUGUGAAUAUUUUCUGUUUUUUUCCUCCUCUAUGUCAGUAAACUGAAGAUCUUUGGAUUUUGGAAACACUGAGUCACAGUUAUCACCAUUUUUUGACAUUUUGGAGACCAAACAGCUAAUUUUGACAAUUAAUUAAUCAGUUUGAGCCAUUAUUCAAGAAGAAAAUGGUUGAAAUUCUGAGAUUUCAGCUUCUUAAAUAUGCAUAUUUUCAUUUUUUUCCCCUCCUCUAUGACAGUAAACUGAAUAUCUUUGGAUUUUGGAAACACUGAUCCACAUUUACCAUCAUUUUCUGAUAUUUUAGAGAUCAAACAACUAAAAUAAUCAACAUAUUAUUUGAUAAAUAAUUGCAGCCCAUUGUUUUGAAUGUAUACAUUCACUGUGCAAAAAAUGCCUUCAACUUAGGUGUAAAUAAUGCCAUGUUUCUUUUAACAUUUCCAUUUUACCUGCCUGCUAAUGGACAUUUUGGCCCAAUACUAAUAUUAAAUUUUAAGGCUUUUAAAUUCUACAAGGUGAAUUUAGGGGAAACUCAAACAUCACGUGUCCAUUUUGAGGACUAUUGUCCAUUGAGACUUGUGUUUCUGCUUGUUUAAUCCUCUUGUGUGUCCAGAAAAUACGCUUGAAUGCAACUAAAUAAACAGCAAACAUA